AUGUUGAUUAAAGAAAUAAUUUUUCUCUUUAUGACUAUGGUUGGCAUCCUGGGGAAUAAUUCUGUUUCUGUGAAUUAUAUGUUCAGUUUAUUGGAAGGCUCUGAGAAGAAACCCAUACACCUUAUUCUGAUCCACCUGACUUUUACAAACAUCAUAUUCCUUUUUGCAAGAGGAUUGCCAAAGACAAUAAGAGCUUUUGGGUUGAGAAACUUUCUAGAUGACAUGGGCUGUAAGAUCAUUGUUUACCUGGAGAGGGUGGCCCGUGGCCUCUCCAUCUGCACCAGCAGUCUCCUCACUGUGGUCCAGGCCAUCAUCAUCAGUCCCAGAGCAUCUGCGUGGAGGAGGCUCAGACCAAAGUCUCCAUGGCACAUCCUUCCAUUCUUCUCAGUCUUUUGGAUACUCAAUGCGUUAAUAAGCAUGAACCUAAUCCAUUCCAUCAAAAGCAUAUGUCUGAAUAUAUCACAGCUUAAGGAUGACUACAACUACUGUUAUUUUAUGCCAGAAAGUCAGAAAAUAAAAUGGAUUGUUCUUCCUCUCAUGGUCCUGAGAGAUGCAGUGUUCCAGGGUGCCAUGGGAGGGGCCAGUGGCUACAUGAUAUUUCGUCUCCACAAGCACCACCAGCAUGUCCUGUACCUUCAGAACUCCAAGCUGCUCUACAGAACUCCCCCUGAGCUGAGAGCUGCUCAAAGUGUCCUCCUUCUCAUGCUCUGUUUUGUUUUCUUCUACUGGACAGAUUGUGCUCUCUCUCUAUUUUUAAGUCUCUCUUUGGGAAACAAUUCUUUGAUGAUAAGUAUUCAAGAUUUCCUGACCAUUGGUUAUGCAGUCCUCAGCCCCCUUCUGUUGAUUCACAGGGAUAAACUUCUCCCUGAUUGUUGGCAUGCUCGAUGA